UAUUUUUUUAUUUCUGGCAUUCUGUCCAUAUUUCGAAAAUUUUGAGAAAUUGGUAAUACCCUGGCUGGCCCCCCCCUUCUCUUUCUUAUGUGAAAGAAAAAAAGUGAAAGAAAAAAAUUUAUUACCGAGAAUUUUCACCCAUUUUCUGAUACAUAUUUUUUGGGGCUUUUCGUCCAUAUAAUUCACAGUCCUGGUCAAUAAUUAAAUUUUGAAUGAUUGCGAGACUUCAUUAACAGCUUCCUCAUUACAUAUUUUUAUUAGCGACACAUUUCACAAUUUAUUGCAAAAAAUUCGGCAAGGAAUCUCGCAAUCCAAAUUUGUUAUUUAUAAAAAUCCUGCCUUCUAAUAAAUUAUUGAAUUUCGUAAAAAGCUUGAAUAUUAUUUGAAUAUUAAUGCCAAUUAUUUAUUUAUCCAACAUAUAUUUUUAUAAAUAUUACAAAAAAAAUUUAAAUUAUUUUAUUGUGGUUUUCCAAUAUAUUUUAUUAUUUAAAAAUUUAUUAAUUAAUUAGAUUCAGAUUUAAAUAUAAUUUUCUUAAAGUAUGCCUUCUAAAUCUGAAGAGGCUAAAAAACUGGAACCAAUUUUCACCCCAUAUCCAGCUGAAUUGAAGGGAGAGAUUAUUAAUGUUAGGAUAAAGAAAGAUCCAACAUUUGGUAUUUUUAUUUUUGGAAUGAAUGGGAUUUGUGUAGAAAAUGAAUUUAUUCAAUGUGUUCUCGGCACAUGGAGGGAAGAUGUCCUUACACUUUUGGAUUCUUUUUCUGUUGGUGACAUUGUGAAUUUUCAACUUUGUCGUGGCUAUGCAAUGCAAGAGACAAUGGACAGCCGAAUUUACAUAGUUCGAGGGAGGGAUCCCACAAAUCUUUUUUCAUCGGCCACCCGUGGGGGUGCUUGGCACUAUUUGUUGGUUGAUAAAGAUAAGAAAGAAGCUUUUCUUCAAAAUAUCGAGACGGGAAAUUUGGAUGUGGCAGAUUAUGGAAGGAUUUUGUGUUCAGGGUGGGGGGAAUAUCCUCCACAAGACAUUAAAGUUAAAAUGAAUGAAGAAUAUGGGACGAAGAUAGAAAUUCAUAGCCACUCAUAA